GACAGGCUUCGGACGAUUGCUCUUGAGCACAUUCCGAAGGGCUCUUCCCAUUUCGAAGCAUUGAUCCGGAAGAAUUGCGGUACUAAUCGCUUCACGAAGAUUGUUGCAGGGUUUUAAUUUCUUCUGAUCCCGUGUUGGCCUCCUAGGGUUUUGAAUUUUCGAGGAGUGGAAGACCCGGAGUGUUUGAGUUUUUCAGCUCCACUUCGACUCGGAUACAAAUGCUGCAAUCUUUCACCACGCAAGGGAUUUGAAUCCGUCGUAACGUUGGUCUCGGGAAGUUCACAAUGCCGUCUUAUCUGCCGAUUCUUUCUUAUCCAUCAUCUGCUCAAGAUGAAAAUGCAUCCAAAUUGACAACAGAGUAUGGAAAAGCUUUCAUCAGUGGCAAUGAAAAUGGAACCGCGUCUACCAAGAGGGUCGAGGAAAAUGUUGUAAUUAGCCCCAUCAUCAAGAGCGUGAAUGCUGCUGGUAAGAACGAGCCUGCCGGCAAGAAAGGAGGGAAGAAAGCAGUGAAGAAGAAACAUCGGGCAGGAGGUGAUCGGGCAUCGAAAGUCACCCCAGUAAGAGAUGUGUCCGUCAAUGGUGACGGAACCUCGUCAAAUAUACCUGACGAGAACAAGGUGGAUGAAGUUGUCAUGAAAGCAAAGUCUCACGCUCAGGCAUUGCACGCUGUCAAGAGGGCUGUUUUGGAAAUUCAGCUCUUUUUGCUGGACGGAGUGCGGACCAAUGUCCAGCUGGAGAGUUGCAGUGCUCUUCUCACUCAAAGUGAAUACCAGGAUGUCGUCGUUGAAAGAAGCAUCGACAAACGAUGUGGGUACCCUCUUUGCGAGAAACCCCUGGUGCCAGAAUCUAAGCGGAAGGGUCGCUUCAGAAUAUCGGUCAGCGAACACAAAAUCUAUGACACCCGGGAGACUGGCUUGUUUUGCAGCCAAACCUGUCUGAUGACGAGUAAAACCUUCGCUUUAAGCCUACAAGUUGAUCGUGACGCUCUAAUACAGCAGGAUAAGCUGGCAGCUAUCGUCCGCUCCGUCCGAGACUUGAAGGUUGCAGGUGCUAGCAAGGUCGGAAAGAAGUCUGUGGAUCAGCCAAGUGAUAGGUCUAAAGAUUCUAUUCUCGCCGAAGUAAAAGAACGAUUGGACGUAGGAAUUGCAAGCUUUGAGGAUGCCGGACCUUCGGAUGCAAUUGAGGGUUACACGCCUGUCACCUCUAUCAGGGAUUGGCGACUCAGGAGAAAUGUGCAGCAGCAAGCAAGUGUAUCUGUUGCCGGGGUUUUGGGCAAUCCUGAAUCAGCAGUACGAGACUCUGGAAACGUGACUACCACCAACGACGGUAGACCAUCGCUUGUGAAGAGUUCACCAAGCAAUGACUUGUCCCCAAGCAAGGGCAAGUCAGCUUUGACGUUGCAUACUGGCAAUUUGUCUGGCUCUCUACAAGACGCUCCCAUACUGAAGUCUAUCUUGAAGAAGUGUCAAUCUGAGAGCCCUGUGAAGCGAAGUGUGUCAUGGGGAGAUCAGAAGGCCAAAGGAGAGCUAAGUCACAAGGUAGAAGCCCAAGUAAAGCAGAAAUCAGGGUCGAAAGCAAGAAGACAAGUCAAAGUAUUGCCCCAACCUUCUAAGAGUGCAGCAGCGACAAGCAGUAGUGCGUCUGUUGAAAGUGGUGCUCUCCGAACGGAGGCUGAGAGCAACCGCACCCAGGUAGAAUCUAAAGCGGACCAAUCUCAGAUCACCCAAAGACUUUCUUCAGCAGAGCAGGUUCUAAGCACGACCCAGAAAACAGUUGUUGCGGAUGGCAAGAGCAACCCUGCAAAAUCAGGUCACGUUGAUAUCCAACCAGCCCAAGAAGCCCCAGCUCCGAAGGAUGCUACUGCAUGUUCGUUGCCUGACUCCAGCAGUAACUGUGAGAUAUCUACAUUUGAAGCCAAGGACUCAAAGGCACCAUUCACGGAUGCUGAGGCCCAGAUAGCCGAGAGACUUGCUUCAGCGAAGGAUUUAGCAGCUGCCUUGAUGGAAGCAGCAGAUGCAACUGCCACCGGGGACUUUGAGAGCUCGGAAGCUGUUGCCAGGGCGGGAUUGUCGAUUUUAUCUUUAGAUGAGACACGAGAAGAAUCUUUUCCUGCAAAUACACGGAGUGAAGCUGCCAGUCAGGUUGAAGAAACUGCCAGGCUAGGUUUAAAAUGGCCACCAGUAGAUCCUCAAGAAGAAGAGGACGAAGAAGUCAGCAGCUCAAAGGGUGGGUGGCACGAUACAGCGCCAAAGAAUUUCAAACUUGAGAUAUCCAUGUUUGGCACAAUUUGGAUGGCACUCGAAGAGUGGAUCUCAGCUGCUACAAUUGCUUUCAUUUAUGGCAAAGAGGCCGACUGUGAACAUGAUUUUCUCUCUGUAAAUGGAAGGGAGUACAGCUUGCAAGUUGUUUGUGAAGAUGGCUUAUCUGCUGAGAUAUCAAAAGCAUUUUCGACUGGCAUUGCUCGUGUCUUACCAGAUGUUGUGCAAGCUCUUCGGCUGCGGAUUCCUGUAUCUACCCUUGAGCAAGCAUGUGGUCGUAUGUUGCGAACCAUGAGCUUCGUGGAACCAUUGCCGGCGCUGGGCGUUAACCAUUGGCGAAUGCUAGUUAUGCUUUUCCUUGAAGCUCUCUCUGUGGACCAAGUGGAUUCCAUCGGAGUACAUUUAUCUGAACAUUCCAGUCUCUUUCGUCAAUUGCUAGUUGGGACCGGAACCAGUGAAGCAGAGUAUGAUAUCUUUAGAGGUUUGCUACUGCCCGCUGGGCGGCUGCCGUCAGUAUCUACUUUGAACGGAGGUUAAUGUCAGGCGAUUUGAUUUAGUUCAAAUGAGAGGAAGGUGUCUUUCAUCCUAUCAACCCUUGUAUUUGGAUUGAGUUCCGGAUUGCGUUUGACAUUGUCAGUGUAAGAGCAUUCCAACUUUUCGUAUAUUUCUUUGGUACGCCUAAGACAGCCUGGUUUUGCUCGUUGUACAUGACUUAAGAUCUUUUCUCUUCGAAUGGCCCAAUUAACUACAGGUAUUGAAUGCUUCAGACACUGAACGUUAUCGAUGUUCUUCUGCACAACAAUUUCCGCACUUGUAUCAAAAUUGCAUCAUCUGUGGUGCAGUCGUCGGUGGUAUGUGUAGCUAACGUGGCAUUUACUGACUUGGGAAAGUAUGUUUUGGUAGAAGGAUUUGUGAGGUGAUCUCUUCAGAAAUCAUAACGAGGAAAAUUUUCUGGCGAAAUGAUAAGCGCGAGACUAAGUUAUUCACACAGUAUAAGGCAGUUCUCCGGCCAAGAAGCAUAGUUACUUGCACAGGAUUUGACAAGGAGUUACAUUUAAGGUGGCACAAGUCAAUUCCUAUGUUGGUCAAAAUCAUUACUCCAUCGGACAUGGAAUCUUUGGAGAAGGUUAUAAGCUGAUGGGAUAUACCACUAGAGUGGAAAGUUAUGGUCCUGAGCACUUCGACGAAUCAAGUUAUUUAUCUAUGCUUGCCUCCGACUACCUUAGUUUGGAGUCUCUUCCAUAUCACUGGUCGGAAAGAUCCGACUGAAGCAUUCAGCAGUUUUAUAUCACGACCUUUUGUUUGAUGAGAUCUGAACGCCAUUACAGAGGCUGUCAUCGAUCUUGUCUGCAUCUAGAAUGUUCAUUCUGUAUCCUUAUGUGUCUUAAGUGUUUGAUUUAGUUCUUCUAUAUUGUCUGGUUCCCUACAUGAUAUGAGUUGAUUGGCUGAGACAAAACAACCUUGGAAAGUAACGAAUGUCGAGGUUCUGAAAUGUACGUAGAUGAAACCGCAGACAGUCAUAUUAGAACUGGUAUUGUCGUCCAAUAGUCUAACAUGUAGCCAUUCCGAUUUCCCUAUUAUGGGAGUCUUCAGAGUUGACAACACUACUUUAUUGUGGGUUUAUACAUAUCAGAUGUGAACAUAUUCGCAACAUGAACUUACGUGUAACAGAUAAUGAAAGAGGAGC